AAAAAACAACAUAAGUCACGGAAAACCAAAUCAUGCCAAAAUAAGGAAUCCACAAACGUUUUUUUGGGGGGAAUUAGCAGUGGAUGAUGCGUCGGGCCUGUGCAAGCCUGCUUAACCUGGAAAGGGGGUAAAGUUUGGAAAUAGUAAAGGGAUUAACAAUGGAUAUUUGUGUUUGUGAACAGGUUGUGAAAGUUUGGGCAAACAAAAGUAGCGCUUUCCUCCUUGCGCGGAUGCGGUUUCGGGAAUCGACAACAUGUAAGUUUUGAUAACAGAGCAGCACUCGCCUACUUACUAAGUGUUAGUGAGUUAUCACUUUAUUCACCUCGUUACAGUGUUGCCUCACAGUUUCGUUUUUUAAAGAGUGGAUUGUUGUGGUUGGGUAUUCACGCCGUUAGGCUACAUGGAGAGGUGGUGGAGGGGUGUGUGUGGUGGGGGGAAAUGGACCACAACUCCAAAAAGGUGCUUGGAUCUGUUAUACCCGUGGAGUUGUUAAAAUGUGUGCGUGAAAUCUAACAAAGAAAAGACAUGAACAAUGGCAGCAAGAGAGAGAAAGAAUGUGGCUGUGUAUCGCAGCGUUUCUUUCAAAAAGUUGGGGUCCUGGAGCGCCAACAGGAGUGAAGAGCAACCACACAAAUCAGAGGAUUUGGAUGCAGCUGGCGUCGCCCUUCCAACGGAGCCCAGCAAGGCAGAACAGCCCUUGGCGACGCGUAAUGUCAGUGUGUCAAGAAAAGUUUCCAAAAUCUCUGCCACCACCAUUGCCGGCCUCCCGACCGCAGAUCCAAAGAGAAACUCCUCUACGCCUCUCUCCUCUAUUUCUCCAUCCAUCCGACAGCUCACUGAGAAGUUUAGCAGCAGCAGCCGCUCCGCCGGGACGCACGGAGCCUCACCGGGAGACGCAGCAGCAGUGACGCCGGGAAGCAGCACUCUUCCUCGGGCCAGGGGCUCCACGAGAGACUGGUCACCGUCGCGUAAAUCUUUUCACGAGGACAGCGGGGGUGGAUGUUUGCAGGAUGGUGAUACUACUACUACUACUGCUACUGCUGCUGCUGCAGAGUCACUGACAGACAACAAAGUGAAAAAGUUUCACUCCGAGACUGACUCCGUUUCAGGCUCGGAUUCAGAGAGGAAUAGUGAGAGGCGGAUUUUUACACGUUUAUCAACCGACAGAAACUUUGGUAAGAGAGAUUAUUCACAAAUCAAUGCAUGUCCCUCUGAUCCUAGAAAGACUUUGACUACAGACGAGGAAGAGGAUGUUGCUAUAAGAGGGGUUCCCCCACCCUGUAAAUCUCACAGAAGUUAUGCCUUGACACACCACAGUGAAUUUAUUCCCCUGCACUCUGACAAGUGGCCCAGUGUCACCAAAAUUAGACAACUUUUCGAUGAGAGUCAAGGCACAAAGCACAAGACUGACUCUUCUGAGAAUUUAAAAGCAGCCUGCAGAGGACAUUUACACGAGCUCAGCCCCAGUGAGAGUGCUCUUCUCUCCGAUAGAAGUGACAAACUCUCGCCUUGCAGCUCUGCUAAUGAAGCAAGUGUCCUGUCUUUGCAUGACAAAAGCAUAGUUGGAGCUCAAAGCAGAGAAUGCAGCACUGUUAAAGAUCAUUUUUAUCACGGUAUGGACUCUUAUUCCAAAACUGACCACCAGCAGUACUCGAAUGACGAGGAGGCAGACUUAAAGAUAGAAAGUUCUAAUAACAUCAAAGUUUCUGGCAUAAACGCUUUUCAAAGCGGUAGCAGCAGCCGUAGUUGCACUGGGGGUAGUCGCUACCAGAGGAUUAACCCAUCUCCAUACAGAUCUCAUAGUCCAAGCACUGAGUCAGAGGCUGCCCACAAGACCCUUAGGACGACAAGGCCGACAUCUGACCCCAGCCCUGACCUUCAACCCCCUGCUACUUCGUCUUGGAGUCGAUCAGAGAGCUUGGACACCUCCUCCUGCUCCUCCUCUCUUCAGCGGCCGACAGUGAGGGAGAGAAGGGAUAGACAGGGGGUCGGGCUGCCCAGGGAUAGUUUACAUUCCUCACAUAGCUCCUCUGGAGCACCAGCCCACACCCCCUCCUCCCGCUCCUCUGCUCCAGGUCCAGAUAAAGCCAUUACCUCCUCCUCUACUGUACCUCCCUCCACGGAGCAAAGAGCCCCAGCAAGAGUUGUCUCUUCUAUCAGCUCCCGCUGGAGGUUUAGCUCUGGGGACGAAGAGGAGGAGCACACCAGGAGAAUAAGAGGAGGUAGAGGAGAUAGUUGGAGUGUUCCUUCUGGCCCAGCUCCUUCCGUCUCCUGCAGAGCAGGAGAAAGGGGCACCACUGAAAGAGGAGGUAGCUAUUUAUCCCGCAGUAAAAAUGGCUGGUGGGGUGCUAAGGGCAUCGGUAGGUCCUCAGGCAGUGAGGAGGACAGCCCUAGUUCUUUAGGCCCCCACAGUCGAGAGGCAGUGCGCCGCCGCUCGCUGAGAAAGAAGAAGAAGGUCAGUGGAGCUGCGUUUGCAACAGGCCGUGAUGAUUGCGAUGAUCAUGACGGCGAAUCAGAAGACAGCGACAGUGACACGGCCUUGACAAUGGAGCACUUAGAGAAGCACCACCACCAAAACACAGGCGGAGAAUUACCGGGGACAGUAUCUCGUAGCCACAAUGCAAGAGAACCCAGCAGCCACAGCAACAGAGCCAGGGUGCAGCAAUGGGAGCGCAUCGCCUCACCUGUGACCUCCACCACACUUCCUGGUGUAUCACGAGUGUCAAAGGUCAAUAUUCCCCCUUUUGUUUCUAGUCCCGGUGGUUCACGUAGCAGCAGUCGAUACUCCAGCACUGAGACACUGAAGGAGGAAGACCAGGCUGGCUGCGCCAACCGUGCAGCAAAUGUGUUUCUUAACACAAGUGGAAAAGGAGGCAACACUAGCAGAACUGCAUCCUUGUCCAUGCUGAGUAAAACAUACCAUGGGAAUUUUACCAUGUACCGCUCCCCAAGCUUUGGCCAUGGGGAUAACUUCUCUCAUACCCCUGCACGGGUGCGCCCCAAGAUUGUGCCUACAGUCACACCCUUAUCUAGUGUACUUGCCAGAGAAGGUGGAGCAUCGGCAGGAAUUAGGAGUGGUGUGACUACGCAAUUGAGCAGAACAAAAAGUGGGGAUGGGGUGGAUGAUAAUAAUAAAAACAAAAUAUCCAUGUCCAACCCUGAUAUCACCUCAGAAACUAUGUCCCUCUUAAGCUUCCUGAAAUCUGACCUGUCAGAGCUCAAGGUGCGGAAAACAAGCGGAGACAAAUCUGGGGCCUCGGAGGGGUCCCCAGUGUACAGGAUGGGCUCACGAAAUCACGGCGGCACUCUGCUACCUUCUGGUCGUCGGCCCUCACUGAAAGACCUGACUGCCACCCUGAGGCGUGCAAAAUCCUUCACUUAUUCAGAUAAACCCACUACAGCAGUGAGGUGUUACUUGACAGGUGGCGCCACGAAGAGGAGCUCUUCUGAGCAGCAGCUUGAUUUGGAUGGAGAGGGUGACGGAGGGAGGGUGUCGGUGACAGAGAGGGAAGUAGAAAGUGAUGGGGGUGAUUUUAGGGUUGGGAGACGACAAAGAAUGAGCGAUUAUGGAUUUGAUGAUGAUGACGAGGAAGGGAUGCCAACUCCAUUGCAGGAGAGGUAUGUUCAGGAAGCCAGGCAGGUCAUUCAAGAUAUCUGCCAGAUGAGCACUAGAGUAGAUGAUGAUGUAGACGUAAGGAGAACUGACGAUGAUUUGGAAGAUGAGUGUUUCCAGGUCAAGAAAACAAAUGAGGAAAAGGAGAAAGCAGGAGGGUGUGCUGAAGAUCCGGCAAGGACGGAUCAAGAGGCUGAGUUUAAGAACACAAAAGACAGGGAUAAACAUGAGAGGGAGAGUGAAAACAGGGAGAGGGAGAGGAGUGAGAGGGAUGGACAAAGUAUGCACUUGGAGAAGCUAAACAGCAGGGGCACAGAGUACAGGGAGAAGACAAAGAGACAGAGCAGAGAGACGGAGAGAGCCUUGCUGAAGGGCGACUCGGAGGAAAGCAUGUUCUACGACCGCUCUGUGGAUGAACUUUCGGGGCAUGAGUCGAGUUUAACAGAUGAAGGGAUUGUAACAGAGCCGGAGACGGGCCCCAGCGACCCCUCUGAAAGGUCAUUCCUGGGCUCAGCAGGGGUUAAUUUGGGGUCAAGAAUUGCUAAGGAUGUGCUAGGUCAACCUGUGACCGUAUGGAAGCAAUCGGCUCUCCAUCAGCCCGAGGAGUUUAAGCAGGAAAGACAAGAGAUGACAGAGAACAGCGUGAAUUGUACAAAUCGUCUCAACGAAGUCACCGUACCUCCCUCCUUGCCUCACCCUGCCCGCAUGGCCGAGAGUGACAGUAUCAUCAUGGAGCUGAGCAGCACUGCUGGUAUAAAUAAUGUCAACACUGCCAGUGAGGAGAUCAACACCAACAGCGCUGUGUCGCAAAGAUCAGCUGGCACCACAGGAGGAGGACUUGAAGCCCCUGCGACACCCAGUUCUAUCCGUCGAAGGCGCAAGUUCUCCCCGUCUGGUAUUAACAACGCAGGCUCUGAUUCCAGUAAUGGCAGUAAUGCAGAGUCAACAAUAGCAGCUGUUGGAAAUGGGGAGUCCACAGUCUACCGCUCUCUCAGUGACCCCAUGCCUCAGCGGCACUGUUCUGUGACAGAAGAAGGGAAUAACAAUUUUUCCUCGGUCGACAGCAACCUGUUGGGAUCCCUCUCUGUCAAAGGUGGAGGUGGUGAUCCAGAUGCCUCCGCUGUGGCCACUUUGUCUGAAUAUAAGGGCAGUGCGGCCAGUGACUUGUCAGUUUACAGUGAUAGCGGGCUCCGGGAUGAUGCCGUUCAUGACUACAGUGGGGUGAUCAGGAGCAUUGUAGCUGAGCCAGGUGCAAUGGACAGGCUGAUGAUGGAUGACCACGGCAAUGGCAAAGCUCCCAAGAAGAAGUCGUUCAGUGACCCCAGUCGCCGUAGCGAUGCCCCUUUACUUUCCCAUACUGACCCCCAAUUCAAAGGUCAGACUGGCAGCACUGAGCCAAUCAGUGAGCCGGAUCAACCCGGUCAGAUUCCACCUUCCAGCAGUGAGCCAAUCCUGAGUGUGCAGAGAGAGAAACUGUGGGAGCCAGAAGGGAAGCCUGAACACGCAUUGCUGACACAGCCGGACAUAAAAAAAGUCAAAGCCCGUUCCCGGUCUGAAAGCAUCCCUCACUCUGACAAGCAUGAUGAGGACGAUGAUGAUGUAAUAGACCAAGGUGAAGAAGAGACAGAGGUGCAGAAGUUUAACUUCAACCUCAAGCUGGCUGAGGUUCUGUCUCCCAGACUGGUUCGUCGGCCCACGAGGAAGCGUCCAAAUAGGCUGGCUCAUUUUUUCCCUCACGAGGACCCAUUUGAGCCCUCAGAAGUGGGUUCAGAGGAGCAGGAGGACAUCAGUGAACAGCCCGACUUAACCCCUCCCCUUCCCCAAAUGCAAUCCAAACCCAAAACGAGAUCCAAGCAUGUCCGCCAUGCCAGCGAACCUGCCACCUUCCUCCCCAUCCCCCCACCUCCGCAACUCCAGCCACUGAAGGAAGUGGACUCUCUCUCAGUCCCACCCACUGCAGAGACUCCGACCUCAAGUAAACCUCCAGGAGACGAGGCCCCAUCUCUGGAGGAUGUGACCCAGAAAUAUAUUCUAGAACUGAGCACUGCUGAGGGUCCGGGUCCUCCUCCAGCAGCUAAGGAUGAAGCAGAAGGGUCAGUGUUGGCUUCGGAGGGGCCCAGCGAGACCAGCACCAGUGGAAUUACAGAAGCUGGACCACAGAAGAAGAGCAGAGAGGACACAGCAUCCACAGCUACUCCACAGACGACCAAGCCCAGAGUGGACAUGAGGAAACAUGUGAUGAUGACCCUCUUGGACACAGAGCAGUCAUAUGUGGAGUCGCUACGCAGUCUCAUUCAGGGCUACUUGCGUCCUCUCAAGCAGCCGGACAGCGGCUCCAUAGUGGACCCUCUGCUGGUGGACGAGAUGUUUUACCAGAUCCCUGAGAUCCUGGAACACCAUGAGCACUUCCUGGAGCAGGUCUCCGGAUGCGUCAGCCAAUGGCACGAUAGGCAGACCGUCGGACACUUCCUCAUCCAAUCAUUCUCCAAAGAGACCCUAGCUAAUAUGUAUUCGGCGUACAUCGACAACUUUCUCAAUGCCAAAGAUGCUGUGAGGAUUGCCAAGGAGGCCAAGCCAGCGUUUCACAAGUUUCUGGAGCAUAACAUGCGUGAGAACAAGGAGAAACAGGCUCUGGGGGAUCUGAUGAUUAAACCGGUCCAGAGGAUUCCUCGAUAUGAGCUGCUGGUGAAGGACCUGCUCAAGCACACCCCAGAGGAUCACCCAGACCACCCAUACUUACUGGACGCCCAGAGAGACAUCAAGCGAUUGGCUGAGAGGAUCAAUAAGGGCCGUCGCUCUGCCGAGGAGGCAGAGAGGGAGGCCAGGGUCAUCCAGGAGAUCGAGGCGCACAUAGAGGGAGUUGAACAUAUUCUAAACCCCCAGAGGAAGUUCUUGAGACAGGAAAUGGUCAUGGAGGCGAAGACAGUUGGUGGGAAGAAAGACCGUUCUCUCUUCCUCUUCAGUGAUCUGAUCAUCUGCACCACUCUCAAGAGAAAGUCUGGCUCGUUAAGACGCAGUUCCAUGAGCCUAUACUCCGCUGCAAGUAUGAUUGAUACCUCCAGUAAAUACAAGUUCCUGUGGAAGCUUCCCCUGGAGGAUGUGGAGGUGGUGAAAAGCUCCACUCAGGCAACAAACAAGGAGAGCAUCCAGAAGAUGAUAAGUCGAUUAGACGAGGAUCUCAGCACUCUGGGUCAGAUCAGCAAAAUGUCUGAGACCCUCAGCUUCCCACAUCAGUCCCUCGACGAGGUAAUAAAGGACCUGAUGGCGUCCGUGCACAGGGAGCUGUCGGAGAAGCAGUCUCUGGCCUUCAGCAUGACCUUCCUGCCCACAAAGCUGGAGUUCACCACAGCCUCCGCCGAGAGCAGCUUCGUCUUCGAGUUCUCUUCGCCUGACACGCGCUCCAACUUUGAACAGGCCUUUGAAGAUGCCAAGAAGAAGUUAGCAAUGAAUAAGGACCAGUGGGACCCCGAGUUUCUGAAGGCUAUUCCUAUUAUGAAGACACGCAGUGGAAUGCAGUUUUCGUGUGCCUCUCCCAGCCACAGCUGUCCUGACAGUGGCUGUGAGGUGUGGGUGUGUAACAGUGAUGGAUACGUUGGACAGGUGUGUCUGUUGAACAUCAAAGAUGAGCCCACAGUUGAGGCCUGUAUCGCUGUCUGCUCAGCGAGGAUCAUAUGUAUUGCUGCCGUACCCGGACUCAAGGGAAGGGAGCGUGUAUCAGAGCCCACCUUGACCACUGCCUCCACAGCACCUGGUCACACCCAGCAGCAGCUCCAUAUAUCUAUCUGUCAAUCAUCUGUGGAGCUGACAGAGCGACCCACAGGACCAGGGGCGGAGCUUGUUCCUUUUGACAGUGAUGACACGGAUGACGAGGAUUCACCCAGCCCUUCCUCUACUCUACAGAGUCAGGCCAGUCACUCCACCAUAUCAUCCAGCUAUGGCAAUGACGAGGGCCCAGGCUCCAAGGAGAUGGCUACAGAGACCACCAGCAGUGAGGAGGAGCAGGAGUUCCCUGUGGUGAGCUCUUACGGAGCUCCCGGGAUGUUGGGAGUUGGCGGAGGAGGGCGGGGCCACACAGAAAGCCCCAUGGACGGCCGCGCCAUGCGCCGCUCCUCUCGGGGCUCAUUCACCAGGGCGAGUCUGGAGGACCUGCUCAGCAUCGACCCGGAGGCCUACCAGAGCUCAGUGUGGCUGGGCACAGAGGACGGAUGCAUCCACGUGUACCAGUCCUCAGACAACAUCCGUAACCGUAAGAACAGCAUGAAGAUGCAACACUCGGCCUCCAUCCUCUGUAUACUGUAUUUGGACAACAAAGUGUUUGUGGCGUUGGCCAAUGGAGAGGUGAUCGUCUAUCAGAGAGAAGCAGGUAGUUUCUGGGACCCUCAGUCUUCUCAGACGUUGGUUCUGGGCACGCCCAGUAGCCCUGUCACCAAAAUGGUUCCUGUGGGAGGAAAGCUUUGGUGUGGCUCACAGAACAGAGUGCUUAUUAUCAACACAACUACAUUGGUACAAGAGCACUGGUUCCAGGUGGGCACAGACAGCAGUCGGUGCGUGACUUGCAUGGUGGCGUACGGUCACGGUGUGUGGUUGGCGUUGCAGGGAAGUGCACAGGUCAAACUUUACCACGCUCAGACCUUGGAGAGCCUGACAGAGGUGGACGUGGCGCCCGCUGUGCACAAGAUGCUCGCAGGUGCAGACGCCAUUAUCAGACAGCACAAAGCUGCCUGUCUGAGAAUCACAGCAUUGCUGGCCUGUAAGGAUCUGCUGUGGAUCGGCACCAGUGCAGGGGUGGUCCUUACGCUGGUGGUCCCAGCAGUGAGCUCAGGAACUGUGGCCGGGACACUGAAAGUUCCUCAGGUGCCAAUGGGCUCAGCUCAUGGACACACGGGACACGUUCGCUUCCUGACAUCAAUUGAACUACCGGAAGGGUUUGACAUGAACUUCCCUCCUUCAACAGCUGACUCCACAGGCAACCAAUCUCAGAGCAGCAGCACAGUGGACGGGAACCUCCAGAGGCGUGACUCCGCGCGGCGCCGAGCCUCCGCCCUCAUCCCAUCAAAAACCAACAAUCUAGUCAUUUCCGGCGGCGACGGCUAUGAGGACUUCAGACUCACCAAUAGCAGUGAAACGGUCGGACGGGACGACAGUACCAACCAUCUUUUGCUCUGGAAGGUCUGAGACAAUCGACACCUGGUUUGAACAACCCGCCCAAACCUCCCUCUAGCUGAAAACGGCGCACAAGCUCCUCGCCUUUUCCCCAUCGGACUCCUCACUUUUUGAUGUUGUUGUUUUGGUCUUCUGCUCAGUCCACCAGUCUCUAUGUGCGUAAUAUGGCUGCCAACUCCCUACCUGGACUUACUAAUGAAUAUGAUCACUUCAAAAGCCAGUUUUCUCGUGUUAAUGUUUCUGAUGGUGUGCGUUGUUGCUCACUGAGUGGUGUCUGUGCUUGUGUAUUUUGUUUUUUUGGCAUCUGAAAAUAUUGUCUAGAAAAAGUGUCUUUAAAGUCAAGUCUUCACUGAAGGAGACGGAAGAAGACAAGAAGGGGAAAAUGAAACUUUCACACAUGGAUGUAUGGUUAGACUGUGAAGAAGAGGACAGAAUGUCAUUGCACAGGAGGUUGAAACAGGACAUCUAAGUGAAGCAUGUGCUUGUCCUUUGAAAUUUUCUCUGUUUUCUUGGGGACUUGGACAUCAACCCUUUACUCCAUCAUCACUUCAUCUUAGCCUGAACUGCAGACAGAAUGCCUCCUGAUGAUCAGAGGUGAAUGUCAUGUAAAAAUAUAUGAAUGGAAACUAAGUAAAACAAACAGACUGUGGUUUGAUGGAUAUUCUGAAUUUGCGUUUAUUUCUGCAGUUGGAGCUCAAGCUUGAGAGAGAGAGAGGUUCAGUUGAUGACUGAGCUUUGAAGACGUCAAAGACAAAUUAUUUUUGUUGUGUGGAAAACAACCCCUAAUGGCAGAUCUUAGAUCAGAUAUUUCUGGUUCUAGAAGGGUUGUAACAAUAUCUCCGCAAGCAUUGCUUAUAAGACUGCUAAAAUCACUUUUUUUUUCCCUGUAGAGGAAGAGUGAUUAUCAUUAAAGUGCAAUAUCUGGCAAGGGUAUUAAGGAAGACACACACACACAUACACAGUCACACACACAUUAAUGCACAGCCUCCUCUCACUGAAUAGGAAGAUAUUUGUGAAAAAAAACUGAAAUGUGUGUUUUUCACAGAUAAUCACUUUGUAUCAGAUUUUCUUAUUUAAUUCUCUUUGUCGGUAUAAAAUGAAAAGAACGUAGAUGAGGCCUGCUACUGGAGUGGAGUAGUAAAAAAAAAAGUAUUCCUUAACAUGACUAUGCCAAAGCCUUGUGUGUGUGUGUGUUAGAGUUUUGACAUGUUUGUUUUGCAGAAAUCAGGAGCUGAAGUUACUGACUUCUGUGACGCUAUGGUAUUAGAUAGCGACGGUUAUGUACAGUAUUUAUGGUUUUGAUUUUAGCGCCUUUUCUUUUUCAGCACUUAAUUUAUAGAAGAUGUAGUUUCCACUUUUAGUUUUUUUGAGUUAAAGAACAAGGAGGCCUGAGUAGCGUCCUGACUUACCGGCCUGACUUGAGUAGCGGAAUAGAUAACUAGGCAUGGUUUGGUUCAGGCAGACAGAUAUUCACAGCGGGGGUGAAACGAAACAGUCCACUGAUGGUUCAGUACAAUUCACAAUAGGAGGUUCUUGUUUCGGAGUUGUAUGACUUCCCAAAUGUAGAGAAACAGACCCAAAAAGUAAAUUGUCUAGAAGUUAUUUUUUUUUGUUAUGACAAAACAUGUCUAAUCAUCUAAACUGAUUCUUGCAAACUGAUCCCAAAAUUCACCUCUUAGUGUUUCUGAACGUAGCUCGAUCCUUAUCUUGAACCGACAGUCAUCUGUUUGGUGCGCUGAAUGCAAGAGAUGCUCAAAAUUUCCAUUAUUUGACAGCUUCACGGUGCAUAUUGUGGCAUUUUUGUCAGAAGUGUUUUGUUACACCCCUAAUGCACAAACGCUGAUUUCAGUAUUGAUUGUUGGAGAAAAGGAUGCAUGUGGUGUGUUUGUGAGACGAGAGUACCCAAGAUACAAAGUAGGUCAGAAGGACAAAUGCUGAGCACACAAACGUGCCUAAAAGUUAAGCCACUACACACACACACACACACACACACACACACACACACACACACACACACACACACACACACACACACACACACACACACACACAUAGUGGAAAGUCAGCUCUCACUCGCACUACAGCAGAUGUCUGAGGGAAGUGAACGGUGACACUGACUUGUCCUUGCACACACUCACAUGUUAGUGUCGGCCUUUGGGGUGAUUGUCUUUGAUCCAUUCAAGCCUAGAAAACCUCAUUGCACUUUGCCAGCCAUCUGGGCACUCACCUGAGCUUUCCCACUUCCCAUACGCAUACGCAUUAGGUUAACUCUUCAACAGUAAAGGGAAUUUGGUUGGUUAAUAUGAUAGCAGCUAGUGAGCUCUUUGCCUCUGUAAGCGUAAAGGCGUGUGUGUUAGUGUGUGUGCAACCUCCACAAGUGCUCUGUUAUUCAGUUAAAAAGCAUUAGAGGGACAUUGUUUGUGAUUUUUUAUUGCCCAAACUUGAGGCUAAAUUAUAGCUAGCUUGUGGUAGCAUGUAUAGAAUACAGCAGAGGAAAGUUGGACAAUUUUAGCAAAUGUUACAGGACUAGUUCAACAUUUUGGGAAAUACACUUUUUGGGCUUUUUGUUGAAAAGAUUGACACCACAAUCUUCUCAUCUAACACUAAGCACAAAAGUGAACAAGAUUAUUUCCAAAAAUGUUUAAUUAUUCAUUUUUACGUCCUCUAAGGUUAAGGUAGCACAUAACGUUUUUUUUAUGUUCUGUAUAAGUCACAACAAAAUGUUAUAUUUGUGUUCUCAGUGCCAAGAGCUGUCAAGUCACCUAUGAAAAUGCUGUAUAUCUAUGCUGGCUGUGGAGCGAUGGAUAGCUCCUCGAGUGGAGUCUUAUUUUUUAUGUGAGAAAUGAUGUGGAGGAACAUCUGUGUGCUAUCUCUGCUGGUACCAGCGCUUUUGGAGCAGCGUUUCUAAAACUGUGAGUGUAGAAACAAAACGGGGUCACAGCCUCUCAACGGUGGGUCCCCACUUCACUGUGUUUUCAAGUUCUGGGUAAAACUAAAUUACUUAGUGUCCUGGGCUGAAACCAAAACCUUGGAGUCAAUGACUUUCAAAUCUGAAUCAGAAAGUUAGUAGAUGUUCUUUAAAAUCCUCCAAAAAAAAGCAUAUACUAUAACAAUUUCUUGGCAGUCAUACAUAUUAAUGACUGGACAAUUAGUAUUUUUCAGCAGUUGCAUUUUAGGUUUUGAGCCCAGUGUAAUUAUUUAUACUCUCUUCAUUUUACAGACACACAAGCAUGCACACGAACACACCGCGUCUUAGAUAUGAAGUAAAUCUGGAUGCUUAUUUGACCAGGAUUGAGAGAAUGAACCAGAAGAUUUACACUUAAUUUUCACCAUCACAUCCAACACAUCCUAUCAUCACUGUAACUCUCACUAAACCUGUAAGUAUCUUCCUCAUGUCCGUAUGUGAAAGAAGUCUUUAUUGUUGUAAAUAUUGGUAUAUAUUGCCUUUUUCUGUAAAUAGUGCACCCACGGUCCUCAAUUGUUGAUAUGAAUCUAAUGGCAUAUUUUUAUAUAUUUGUGUAAGGUUUUGCUUUUGUUUGUGAUUUUUUCCCCCUCCUCCUCCUUUCUGGCAUGCGCUGUCAGUGACGUUUAAAUUAUAACUGUCGUAGAUCUUUCCAAAAGAAGACAAGAAGGCCUCUGUUGUUGCCAGGACGACAAGAUUGAGUUUGGGCCUGAAAGGUAUUCACUGGAGGCCAUGUUAGCUCUGAAACGUAUGUGUGCGUUGUCACAGUUGUCUAAAGGAAGGAAAAACAACCUGGUCACAACUCUGUUUCUCUGGCUCUGGUCGCAGUUGUCAUGGUUACAGUCUAUCAAAGUUACGUCCUGUAUGUAGCUGUUCUCGUUUUGUCACUGUGGGUUCCUCUUUGUAAUUAAAUCAGUUCACUGGU